AUGAUACCACCCGAUGAUUACAUGGAGGUAGAAGUAGCGCAUGAGGAAGAUGACCAAGAAUUGAUAGAAAUAGAAGAUUUUUCAGAUGACUCAAGUAACGAUAGUGGUAUGGACAACGAAGUGAUUGAAUUAGUAAAGCAUGGAUUAUUAGUGAGAAAGACACAUUUGUGUAUUGGUUUCAAAGAGAAUAUGGAGCAAACGAUAAGAGAUCUGGACGAGCAAGCCGCCCGGCUGAUUACGCGAGAAGACUUUAUCGCGUGGGAAGAGCGUGUCGACGAAUUCAUCGAUUCGUUCGAUGUGCAGAGUCGAAAUCCGCGAUUAUCGAUCGAGGGAGGAGGGUCCGCAAGUGAGGGCGAGAACGCCUCCGCGGAGCCUGCAGGCGAGGGUCAGGAGCGUGCAGAUACCGGUGAGCCCACGGCAGGAAGCGCCGCUGCGCGUCAUCCUCGACGUGGCUACGGAUACAAGGCAGGUUGCCUUUUACAACUAGGGUAUCCGCAUUAUAAAUCUGUGUUAAAUCUCAAGGACAUUGAAUUUCCAAUGACUUUAAGUCAAAUAAAAAAGUUUGAGAAUCUCAACGCAAUCUCCAUCAACGUAUAUACCAUCGAGAACAAGGAACAAAUAUCGAUCCUACCGAUUCGCCUCGCUGACACGAAGAAGGAGAAGCAUGUCCUACUAUACGUGGAGAAAGAUGGUGUGGGACAUUUCACAUGGAUCAAGAAUUUGUCCCGUCUCGUGAGCUCGCAACUGAGCAAAAAGAAGAAUAAAAAAUACAUUUGUGAUAGAUGUCUACAUUAUUUCAGUUCGAGCGAAAAGUUGGAGGUCCACACCAUAGACUGUGGGGAAAUGAACGAAUGUGCGAUCAGGUUACCGAGCGAAGAUGACAAGUGGCUGAGUUUUAACAACUACAGCAGGAAGGAACGUGUCCCGUUUGUUGUGUAUGCCGAUCUGGAAUGUAUCCUGACAAAACUGGAGAGAGAUCCUGAAACACCGAGCUACAAGUAUCAGCAUCAUCAAGUAUUUAGCAUAGUUUCGCCGCGAUACGGAUUGCGUUGCAUGGUUCGCCAAUGA